AUGGAAGAUCCUGAAAGGCUUACAUCAUGCAACAGUGGAACAAGGAGAAUUAGCUCCGACUCUAUCCAUUCACCCGAAUUCGAAUUUUGGAUGGUCCGAAACCCAUCAUUUCCUCAGCCUAAUCAGCUCUCUGCCGAUGAGCUCUUCUCCGAUGGCAUCCUUCUCCCUUUAGACCUCCUUCAAAAUGAACCAAAUGCUAUUUCGCCUGAACCGUCCGGGUCGGGCCGACCCGAAACUGAAUCUGGAGUGGAGCCUUCUGCUGCGAUAGUCAACUCGUCCGCCGGAGGAGCUUCUUUCACCUCCUCGAAGCGAUGGAAGGAUAUUUUCAAGAAAACUGAGAAGAAAGAUAGUAAUGAGGAGAGUUGUAGAGAGAAGAAAAAGGAGAAGAAGAAAGAGAAAAAACUUGUUGGGGGAAGCAAUGGGGUGACUGGGGCUGAGCUGAAUAUUAAUAUUUGGCCCUUUUCGAGGAGUAGAUCCGCCGGAAACGGAGGAAGUAGGCCUAGGGUUACGGGUGGAUCCGGAUUAGCUACCCGAAAGGUAAGUAGUGCUCCGUGUUCCCGGAGCAACUCUGCCGGUGAAUCCAAGUCACGGAAAUGGCCUAGUAGUCCCAGCCGUGGUGGGGUUCAUUUGGGACGGAGCAGCCCAGUUUGGCAGGUACGACGGAGCUCCGUUAACUCAGGAUCCGGUAGCCGGAGCUCCGAUAACCUCGUGAGAACUAAUGAAAAAGCAAUCAGAAAAGAAGCCCCACAGAAAGAAAGCAGCACCAAAAAGGUAGUUAUUAAAAAAGAAAGCGUUGAAGGCCGCCGGAAAUGGUCGUCAGCGGCGGCCGGCGGUGGGCCUAAAACUAGAGUCUUAAACUUGAAUGUCCCUAUGUGCAUUGGUUACAGGAAUCAGUUAGGUUGCAGAAGUGAUGAAAAUAGUGCCAUCAAUAUCGCCGCCAACGGAGGAGUCGGUGGUGAUCAGAGUGGUAGCAGCACGGUGACCGGUGAAGGCGUACGUGGCAGUAACUUAUUUAGUAUCAAAAGCCUAUUUACUAAGAAAGUAUAUUAA